GGGCACAAUGACAUAACGCGAUAUCUGACAUCAGUUGUUGGUUUCCAUUUACCCAGGACUCGGAGUUUGUUUCUCUUCUACACUCAUACAUACACAUUUUCUUUGACAGUUUGAUUAAGCCGGCAGUGUCAGCCAACGAAGGAGAAAUAAGACUGGUUUGAUAGAAUAUCAAAUGUCGCCUGCUCCUGCAGUAGCCGCGCCGCCUGAAAGCGGGCGCCUGCUUCUCGUGUCAAAUCGACUUCCCAUCACCAUUCGACGUUCAGAGGGCGGCAAAUAUGAAUUCUCCAUGUCAUCUGGAGGUCUGGUGACUGGCUUAAGCGGCCUGGCAAAAACUACCACAUUCCAAUGGUACGGCUGGCCUGGUCUGGAGGUACCGGAGGACGAGAUUGAAACAGUCAAAUCGAAACUGAAGGAGGAAUACGGCGCAACGCCAGUAUUUAUCGACGACCAGCUUGCAGACCGCCAUUACAACGGAUUUUCAAACUCGAUUCUAUGGCCUUUGCUCCACUAUCAUCCCGGAGAGAUAGUCUUUGACGAAUCUGCGUGGGUAGCGUAUAAAGAGGCCAAUGCACUCUUUGCGCAGACCAUUGCAGACGAAGCCAAGGACGGUGACAUGAUCUGGGUACACGAUUACCAUCUCAUGCUUUUGCCUCAACUGUUGCGGGAGCGUUUACGAGCUCAGGGGAAGAAGAAUAUCAAAAUUGGCUUCUUCUUGCAUACCCCGUUCCCAAGCAGCGAAAUAUACCGAGUUUUGCCUGUUCGGGCAGACCUCCUCAAGGGAGUUCUAUACUGUGACCUUAUCGGAUUCCACACCUUUGAUUACGCGCGUCACUUUUUGAGCAGCUGCACCCAUAUCUUAAAUCUCAGCACCACUCCAGGCAGCGUCCGCUUCGAAAACCGAUCUGUAUCAGUAGGCGCCUUCCCGAUCGGCAUAGACCCGGAGAAGUUCCUCGAUGGGUUGAAGAAUCCUAAAGUGCAGAAUCGGAUUGCCAGUCUCGAAUCGAAAUUCCAAGGCAUGAAGCUGAUGGUCAGUGUUGACCGUUUGGAUUAUAUUAAGGGCAUACCCCAAAAGCUGCAUGCUUUGGAAGUGUUCCUUUCUAAUCAUCCGGAAUGGGUGGGCAAAGUCGUGUUGGUGCAGGUGGCUGUUCCCAGUCGGCAAGAUGUGGAAGAGUAUCAGAACCUGCGGGCUGUAGUAAACGAGUUGGUUGGACGAAUCAACGGCAGGUUUGGUACCGUGGACUACAUGCCCAUUCACUUUAUGCACAAAUCCGUCAACUUCGAAGAACUCCUCGCCCUUUACGCCGUCUCCGACGCAUGUGUCGUAUCUUCCACGCGCGACGGCAUGAACCUGGUGUCGUUUGAGUACAUCGCAAGUCAACAAAAAAGACAAGGAGUUCUAAUUCUUUCCGAGUUCGCCGGUGCUGCUCAGAGUUUGAACGGAAGUCUGGUGGUCAAUCCAUGGAAUACAGAGGAUUUGGCCAAGGCAUAUCAUCAGGCCGUAUCCAUGGAACCGGAACAACGAGCCGCGAAGUAUCAGAAGUUGUGGAAGUAUAUCUCCAAAUAUACAAGUGCGUUCUGGGGUCAGUCCUUUGUCGCCGAACUGUCCCGUUGCACGGCUCAUGAGUAGUCGACCACAAUAGAUGUCAUCGCUCGGUAAGAAAUGACGGGAAGGAGUUUCAAGAAAGCAUUGCCUUUUUCUUUUAGCGAAACAAUUAUUUUAAGUCCAUGAUCAUGGACGAAUGUUUACGAAGAGAUGUAGCCGAAUGAUUUGUCUUUUCUUUUUACACUUGUUUUCCAUCAUCAAAUACAUUCAG